ACUCCAAACCCAAAACCCUCGCCUCCCACUCCUCCUCCUCCUCCUCCUCCUCCUCGAAGCGCGAACCAGCGGCUCCCAUCUCAUGGCGGCGGCGGCGGCUAGGGUUUUCCGCGGGUGCCGGUUCCUCAUGUCCCCGGCGGCGUCGGCGGGGGGGAAGAGGCCCGCGUCGGCGAAGGUGGCCAUGACGGAGGCGGCGGAGCCGAAGAAGAGCGGGAUCCUGAAGCCGUUGCCGGUCUCCGACGCACUCCGCAGGUUCGCCGGCGGCACCCCCGAGGUCUCCCGCGCCGGCGCCACCAAGCUCAUCUGGGACUACAUCAAGGCCAACGGCCUCCAGAACCCAGCAAACAAAAAGGAGAUCUACUGUGAUGAGAAGCUUAAAAGCCUAUUUGCCGGGAGGGACAAGAUCGGGAUGCUGGAGAUUGCCAAGCUGCUCUCUCCUCAUUUCAUUAAAGCUAACUAAACAAAGUCAAAUGGAGCCAGCAUUAAUGCCUUCUUCUCGGACUUGCGUUGGGAUGCUUGUGAUCCAUGUUAGGUGUAAGGUUUCACUAGGUUUUUAGGUCAUGUGGCUGUGUUAAGACACAAAAGACUUCGUUCAACAUCUAGCCCGGGGUUCCCAGUGAUGCAUGUAAAAAAGGCAUUCCAGUAUUUUAUUGUCUUACUACUGUGAUCCCGGUGGUUGUAUGUGGUUCAAUGUUUAAUCCGUCAUUGGCAGAUAUGUGCUGUUGUCUCUGGCAUGUUAUUGUCGCAUCCGCGGCAUUUCAUUCAUCAGGCUUCGUCCUGGAAAGGGAGAACGGAUGGUUAAUUCC